UUGUCCGCGUGGGUUCGAACCCCACUCCUGGUAAUUCUGUUUUGAUUGGAAUUUCACACGCUAAAAUUAUUAUGAAACAUGAUGUUGUAAACACACAACAAAUAUUAACGUUACAUACUAAAUCAAAUCGCCGUCAACUCGCCGGUUCCUACCUGAUUGGUCAAAUGUGUGAACUGUGUUUAUGGGCGUCGAGAUGUUAAAAAGCAGCAAGCGCGACUGGUCGUCGUUCCUAACCAUUAUUCAAUCACCAAACAUGAUAUCUAUAAUAAUAAAUAAUAAUCUAUAUAGUACGGAAGCGUAUUCCGUAGAUAACAGUGAAAAGUAAUGAGAUUGACUUUUGCAACGUUGGGAUAAAUGUGAUUAUUUUCUGAUUUUUCUCUACUUCCGCGUUUUGAGCGUGUCGUCAAUCGUUUCUCAUCUGCGAUUGGUCAAAUAAAGAAAGAGGCGGAAUAAGACACGCCGAUUGGUCGAAGAAUGUAAAACGGGCGAACGAGAUUGGUCCUCGUUCCUUAAAUCGUUCCGACAUUUUGGAAAAGCCUCGAUGAGUAUCUCCAUGCAUCAUAAGUAGAAGAAAAAAAAGAUAAAAUUACAGUUUCUAAAUAGAACCGUUGGUUUAUUUUCGUCAGAAUCCCCUUUUCUAUUCAAUUGUGACACAUAAGGUAGGUAUGUGUUGGUGGUAAUUACAACGUUAGGACACUAGAGGGCCCUCCAAGUCAGUUUGCCCCUUGGUGUCUUGGUUGGCAGGAAGCCUACGGAAGUCAAUAGACUACCACGAGAUAAUGAGUUUUCACGAGUUAACGGGUUUUUAAAAACUUUUACAGCAUAUUCUGAAGACACAGGGAGCCCUUUGAAAGCUUAUGUGCAGCCACAUGAAGGGACACAAGUGGAACCAUACUGACCGACCAUGUUUGCUUUAGGCACUUUAUAUAGAGGUUUACUGUCACGUGACUACAUCUGGGUACUGGCCACCACCGGCGCCAUACUGGAGGUGUGAAGUCUUCACAUUGCAACCACAAAUAUGGCUUAAACAAUGAAAAAUGUGAUCUUAUUUCAGGAAAGCGGUAUGAUGGUAAUGUGACAUCAUAAAACUUGAAGACGGUUGGCGUAUUGGCUGGGUAAAUUGCAAGUAAUCAGCACAAAGGCUACCGACCGCACACCGAGCAACUUGGCCAAACCCGAUUGACCUGUCGCGCAUCGUGCGGAGUUUGGCAACUGUUGGCCAAUGAGUCUGACACUGGUUUUGGGCGCACACUGUUGCAACGUCGCUGUUUACAGUCAAUGUAAAUGCACUGAAGCUUUCAUUCACACUGCAAAUUCCGUACAUUUCCAGGUUCACAAGUCUGCCUCAAAUCAUCCAAGUAGCAUAUAAAGCAUCAAGUAUUGUGUUUUACAUCAAUAUUUCAGUUUCUCUCACAGAUUCAGCAGCUUGUAUAUUUGGUAAGAUACCAAGUAUUACUUUGGUCAGUUUAGCUUAGCACACAACACAACUGACUGGGAGGUUACUAUAUCACACACAACUCAGAGUCAGGGUUUAAUGCAAAAUAUGGUGCAACAUAAAUGUAAGAUGACAGUUAAUUAAGACAUCAAUUCAACAAACUGUGCGUAACAGAAACAUACUUGAUAAUAAUGAACGUCUUCAUUAUAGCAAAAAUAAAUCUGUUUUUAUUUACGUUUUACACAACGGCCCAACUUGUUUGGUUUGUAAACUAAACUAAUCUACCGUCCGUGUCUUUGUAAUGUUUUGUUGUUGUUGUUGUUUUUAUAGCACCUUAGUCUUGUACGCAAAGAGUGGAAAUGGUAUACGGACAGGAAGAAAAAAAAUAUGUUCCUGUUUGGCAACUAGCAAGUGGUGCCCUUAAAACAAAAAUAAAGAAGCAAAUGGACAAUUGGCAGCCAGUAGUGAUGAAAUCACAUGCAUAAUAUUUGAAAUUGACAUCAUUUUUUUUUUAGAUCAUUUUUUCCAGUAUUCCAGCUGAGUCAUGUCUCUGUGGGAGGCGAGAAGCAAGGAGAGAAAGAGAGAGGGAGGAAGGGAAGAGAGAAAAGGGGGAUUUUUUUUAUGCUUCUUUCAGGAGUUGGGAGGUUGGAAAUGGGACCGGUCGCCAGGUCGCUCGCUCUGCUGUGUUUGUGCUCGCUGGGCUGCUGUGUUCCGGCCAGGACACCGCAACCGACACAGGUGUCUCUUGCAGAUGUGAAAAAGUCUCGAGGAGAUGUUCCCGACGUUCUUCCAACAUCGGAAGUGGACCCCACCAACCCAGCAUCAGACUUUGAAAUCUCCUACAACUAUGUUUUGUCCAGACUGGCCGGGAUGGACCAGGCCAUGCACAGGCUCAACGUGGGCCACUAUACGCUGGAUGUCGGUGUGGACCAGCUAAUGGAGCGCCUGUCCAGGAUGGAUGACAAGAUGGCGGAGCUGGAGGACAAAAUCCGGGAAGUCUACCAGCACAGCAAAAACAACCGCAAAGAGACAGGAAGACUGGAAGGUUGCCAGAAGGGCCUUCGGGUGGGCUACAAAUGCUACCUGGUGUACCACAGCUACGAGGACUACGCAGGCGCGUCCAAGAAAUGCAUGGAGCGGGGGGGCCGCAUGGCUAUGCCGCGAGACCGCCGCGAGCAGGAGGCGCUGGCCGACUACGUCAAGUCCUUAUUUCGGCCGGGCAACCGGCCCGUGUGGCUAGGCGUUAAUGACCUGGCAGCCGAGGGUGUGUACAUCUUUGACGACGGCACGCCCGUCUCCUACUUCCAGUGGCGCAGGCACUUUCUCUCCGGCCAGCCGGACGGUGGCAAGCACGAGAACUGCGUGGCCAUGGCGUCAGAUGACGGCGACUGGUGGGACCAUUACUGCGACAGGACCAUGAACUACAUGUGCGAGUUUGAUGACAGGGUGGCUCUUUAAAUGAACUCCUUGAUCUCAAUUUUAACCAUAAACUGCAUACAAACUGUACAUCACCAAAGCGACAACUCCAUGGGCCUUGGCCGACAACCAUGGCGGCACACACAAUUAAGCACACUUAAAACCAACAUUGGUCUUUUUUUAAUGUUAGCUGGCUAGCUGUAGUUAAGUAGCAAGCAGUAAGUAGCUGGCUAACUGAGGUCAACUAACGGUAGUUAAGUGGCUAACAAAGCCUAGCUGGCUAACUGAGGUCAACUAACUGAAGUGGCAAACAAUAUGUAGCUGGCUAACUGUAGUUAGUUAUUUAGCUUCUUUAUACGGAUGUUUAUUAUUUAUAGCAUUUAUAGCAUUAUUUGUAGCACCGUGGGCCCUUGAGUACCAUAAUUUCAAUCUUCUGUAUGUGCUACGCAUAUUGUAGAAUUGUCAAUAAAAAAGUACCUUCUAUCUUGUAACUGUAGUUAAGUGGAUAACGAUACCUUGCUUGGCCAACUGUAGUUAAGUUAAGAAUCACGUUCAUUCUCUGGAUCUCUUAUAAACGCCGCAAAUGAUACACAGAAAAAUAUUUUCAUUUUUCCCAGAAUUGGGACAGCGACUUGAUAAAUGAAAUAUUUUGAGAUUUGAACUUAAAUCAGAUACGUCCUUUUGUGUGACAUAUUUUUCUCCCACAGAAAUAUUUUACAUGGAGUUGCAUGUAAAUACUUAAUUUUAUAUUCAUAUUACUGGUUAACAUCAUAUAGGGAAAAAACAUUUGAGCAAUUGUAUCUGCAGUCUUUGUGUUUUCUUCUGAAUGACACAAUCCUUUGUCACUUUAUUUGAAACUAACAGACCAUGGUUGUUUUCCUGACAGUUACAUACAAAUAAAGACUAUCUGAUGCACUUGAAAA